AUGUCCUACAAGCGAUGGGCGGACACAACAAGGGCCUUCAAUGUCUAUGUGAACAUGUCCUACAAGCUAUGGGCGGACACAACAAGGGCCUCCAGUGUCUACGUGAACAUGUCCUACAAGCGAUGGGCGGACACAACAAGGGCCUUCAAUGUCUAUGUGAACAUGUCCUACAAGCUAUGGACGGACAGAACAAGGGCCUCCAGUGUCAAUGUGAACAUGUCCUACAAGCGAUGGGCGGACACAACAAGGGCCUCCAAUGUCUAUGUGAACAUGUCCUACAAGCUAUGGGCGGACACAACAAGGGCCCCCAGUGUCUACGUGAACAUGUCCUACAAGCGAUGGGCGGACACAACAAGGGCCAUCAAUGUCUAUGUGAACAUGUCCUACAAGCUAUGGGCGGACACAACAGGGGCCUCCAGUGUCUAUGUGAACAUGUCCUAUAAGCUAUGGACAGACACAACAGGGGCCUCCAGUGUCUAUGUGAACAUGUCCUACAAGCUAUGGAUAGGCAGAACAAGAGCCUUCAAUGUCUAUGUGAACAUGUCCUAA